UCCGCGUUAACAGUUAACGCUCCCAAACAAGGAAAAACUUCCUUCUUUUCUCUCCAAAUCCCAGCAUUCCCUCGUCUACGCGUUGGCAUAGAAAUCAAUCUUCAGUUUGGAAUUUGUUCCUAAACUUGACAAUUGCUUGGAACCCUGAAACCAAAUCCAAACAAAAGCAUUCACAGCAUAUAGUGCUAACAAAGAACAGUCACCACACUCCGGCGGCAGCACCGGUCACCAAUCUUACACGCACAAACAGGAAAUGUCAAACGUGGUGGUGUUAGACAACGGCGGCGGCCUAAUGAAAGCAGGCAUAGGCGGCGAGAGGGACCCAACCGCUGUGGUACCCAACUGCACAGCUCGCCCUCUCUCCUCCAAAAAAUGGCUAGUAGCUGACCAACUCCUCUCCCCGACCGAAGACCUUACUUCCGCCACCCUCCGCCGCCCUUUCGACCGCGGCCACUUGACAAAUCCGGAUCUCCAAUCCACUCUCUGGGCCCAUAUUUUCGCUAACCUCCUGAAAAUUUCACCUUCUCAGUGCUCCCUUCUCUUAACAGAACCCCUUUUCACCCUGCCAUCAAUUCAGCGUUCAGUUGACGAAUUGGUCUUUGAAGAAUUCAAUUUCAAGGCCCUUUUUGUGGCUGAUAGUCCCUCUUUAGUUCAUUUGUACGAGGCUUCAAGAAGACCGUAUGGGUUGGUCUCAAAAGCCCAGUGUAGCUUGGUUGUGGAUAGUGGGUUCAGCUUUACUCAUGCUGCCCCGGUGUUUCAGAACUUUACUUUGAAUUAUGGAGUGAAAAGAUUGGAUCUUGGUGGGAAAGCAUUGACAAAUUAUUUGAAAGAGUUAGUUAGUUAUAGGAGUGUUAAUGUGAUGGAUGAAAGCUUUAUUAUAGAUGAUGUCAAAGAAAAGUUAUGCUUUGUUUCUUUGGAUGUUGACAGGGACUUGCAGAUUGCAAGGAGACGUGGGAAGACUAACUUGUUCAGGUGUACAUAUGUGCUGCCUGACGGGAUCACACAUACGAGGGGUUAUGUGAAAGACCCGGAAGAAGCAAAGAGGUACAUGGGUUUGGAUGAUGGAGCUUCACUGGAUUCUUUGGAAAAGGAUGAAACAGACCGAGCAGACAUCAUUGGAAAACCUGAAGAUAGAAGAACAAUUGACUUGUCAAAAAAUGAGUUUAGCAUGACAAAUGAGCGGUUUAUUGUGCCGGAGAUGUUAUUCCGUCCAGCUGAUUUGGGAAUGAACCAAGCAGGACUAGCAGAAUGUAUUGUUCGAGCUGUCAAUUCCUGUCAUCCUUAUCUUCAUCCUAUACUAUAUCAAAGCAUUAUAUUAACUGGUGGAAGCACACUGUUCCCCCAAUUUGCUGAAAGAUUAGAGAGGGAGCUUCGACCACUUGUCCCAGAUGCAUAUGAAGUGAAAAUAUCCAGUCAAGAAGACCCUAUAUUAGGUGUUUGGCGGGGGGGAUCACUUUUGGCAUCAAGUCCUGACUUUGAAACAAUGUGUGUUACCAAGGCUGAAUAUGAGGAGUUGGGUUCUGCUCGGUGCCGUAAGAGAUUCUUUCGGUAGUUUGGAGAUUCCAAUGAGAUCUAAUUGAAAGCAGCACUGUGAGUUGUCAUGCCUUUAGUUAUCUCAUCGUGGUCAAUGUCAAAGCAACGGUUUGCUGAAAAGCAUGGAGCAAAGCAAGAAGCGGAUGUGCAGUUUUCUUGUUGCAUCCAGCCAUAUUUUUAUGCCAGAUGUUCAGGACAGUCAGUUGGCUUUGCAUUAGCAAGCGAAGGGGAAGGGAGUUUAGGCAUAUGGAAUGACAGGACCAUUUCGCCUGGUUGAGCGCUGUUAGGCUUCAACCUGAAAGAAUACAUGGUUCUCUCUCUUGUAAAGCACCAGUUGCUGCUAUUUUCUUCAUUAGAAGCCUUUACGCUCGAGGAGAACCCGCCGUAGCGCAUCAGACGGUGGUCUGAAUUCUGGAAACGCCGCAGUCGCUCUUGCACUCUGGUGGUAGUCAGAGCAAAUCAUGAAGUCGUGCUUGUUCUCGUAUAUGAAUAUCUCCUAUUGUUAGGCGGAAACUUCGGGUCCGAGCAUUCUUCAAGGAUUUUCUCUCAAUCUUUUUUGGCGUUCUGCAUUCAAGAUUCAUGCGCAUAUGACCUAAAAAUCACUUUUUGAGUUUUCGAAUGCGCCUGAUUACAUCUGAUAAGAUACACUCUGAAUUAACACAAUCUUGGAGCAGACACUUUUUUUUUUUUGGCCUUUAAGUAACUUGGAGCAUACAUCUGAUUUUAUCGAGUUAACAAAAAUUGAGGAUUUGACAUCUACUA